GGCGGGGGCCUCCAGCCGCGGCCCCGCCUCCCCCGGCGCGGCCCGCCCAGUCCGAGGGCGGUGGGCCUGGCGCUCCGGGUCCCACGAAGGGGAAGGCGAGGGUGUCCCUCGUGAGGGGCCUGGUCUACCACGCGGCGGAGGCCCGAAGUUCAAGGCCAGGGAACUCUGCUUCACCUGUCAAAGGAAGGGGCUGAGCUAAGGCAUUAGUUAGGAGAGCGACAGCAGUUCUUUAUAAAGAUCCUUUGUAAAGAUCUGCCUCUCUCUGAAUCCAUCCGAGAAGUAUUUCAGAAGCCAAGCUAUGGAUCCACCUGCACGUAAAGAAAAAUCCAAAGUGAAAGAACCCGUCAGCAGAGUGGAGAAGGCUAAGCAGAAAUCCGCCCAGCAGGAACUGAAGCAAAGACAAAGAGCAGAGAUCUAUGCUCUCAACAGAGUCAUGACAGAGCUGGAACAGCAGCAGUUUGAUGAGUUCUGUAAACAGAUGCAGCCUCCUGGGGAGUGAGCCAGUCCUGUGUUCUCUGAUGGGACCCUGGAGCCUUUGUUGUGAGCUUGCACCCAGUGUGGAGCUGAGAUGGCCUGUCUGGAGCCUUACAGAACUAAACGUGUGGAUAGCUGAACUUAUUUCCUAUAUGUAACUUUUACUUCACUGCUUCUUCCACUCUGAAUUGGCCACAUAUUUGCUGAAGAGACAUGUUGUCUUCUAAGAUAAUAGAUUCUUUUUAAAAAAAAAAAAGAAAAAACUUUUUCUAUUGUUUGAGGGGAAAAAAAAAAUCAGUGUUUCUUGGGAAACUGUGUAUCUUCUCCCAAAAUACAAAUAAAAUGUUUA